CAUAAUGCAAAAGUAAUUGUGGUCAAAGUAGGCUCUAGCCUUGUGACCAACAACGGUAACGGCUUAGACCAAGCUGCAAUUGUUGCGUGGGCAGCGCAAAUUGCCAGCAUUGUAAAACAAGGCAAGCAGGUGGUACUGGUUUCAAGCGGCGCGGUAGCUGAGGGGAUGCAACGCCUAGGUUGGAAAAAGCGUCCAACCGCUGUCAAUGAACUACAAGCAGCGGCGGCCGUUGGGCAAAUGGGUUUGGUACAAAUGUAUGAGCGUUGCUUUGCUGAGCAUGAUUUACACACUGCACAGCAAGGAUUGUUUUCAGCCGAUCCACGCAAAGAUCCGCAAGCGCAGUUUGUUAAUCAUGCAAUAGCUGGCGAUACGGCGCUAGAGCAAAUGGCAGGUGGCGCUGGCAGUAGCGUAGGUACAGGCGGCAUGCUGACAAAAAUCCUAGCCGCCAAACGUGCUGCCCGCAGUGGUGCGCAUACGGUCAUUGCCUCUGGGCGCGAAAAAGAUGUUUUACUUAGAUUAAGUGCGGGUGAAGCUAUAGGCACGCACCUUGAAGCCACUCAAAUGAAAACUGCCGCGCGCAAACAAUGGCUGGCUGACCAUUUACGUACCACAGGCAAGUUGAUUUUAGAUGCAGGUGCGGUAAAAGUAUUGAAGCAAGAAGGUAAAAGUUUGUUACCCAUAGGGGUGGUGGCGGUGGAAGGUUACUUUGAGCGAGGUGAUGUGGUCGCUUGCGUAGAUACAAAUGGUGCAGAAAUUGCGCGUGGAUUAGUGAAUUAUUCAGCAUCUGAAACCGCACGUAUUUUAAAAAAACCAAGUAGUGAAAUUGAGAAAAUUUUAGGCUAUGUGGAUGAAGCAGAGUUGAUUCACCGCGAUAGUUUAAUUGUGAUG